UGUGUAUAUAGAUCAAGAUCGGCAGCAGCAACAGGCGUCGGUCGCGCUCGGUUCUCGCAUCGUCCUUAUCAGCCACCCGCUCCGCCCCUCGGCCUCGUCUCCCUCGACUCGUCCUCACCUUGGAAAAAACGCGCACGACAACUAUCCUCGCGCUCGCAGACUUGUUCCCAUCACCACUACGUGCGGCACGCAGCAACGACAACCACCACGUCGACUGCAAGUUGUCCUCCUAACACCAUGCACCCCCUCACCUUCCUCCUCGGCUUUCUCCUCGCCGCCACCAACGUCCUCGCUAUCAGCAACAAGGGGACACCGUGCCAGUCCGCCUGCGGCGACUGGUCUGACGUUGUCAAGUACUGCUACCAGGUGUACACCAACACGCCCAAUACACGGGGCUACGAGUACUCGAACCAGUUCCUUGGCUGCAUCUGCAGUGGCAACAGCUUCAACGGCACGCUGGGCAACGACACGAUGGUGCAGUCGUCUAGUGUGUGCCAGUCGUGCACGACAACCCCUCCGCUGAUCAAGAAGGAUCUGUCGACCUUCUUGACUCUCUGCGCCAUCCAGAAGCAAAACGGCUCGGCGGCCAACGCAACAGAAUUCGCUCCCCUCGUCUACGUCACCAACACGGACCCCACCAUUUCGGGGGCGGUCAAGUCGGCGGCGGGUGCGACGUCGGGUGCCAGCCACAAGAGUGCUGCGUGGGCGACAUCCGCGCCGGCAGUGGGCGCCGCCGCGUUUGGCGCACUUUCCGGCCUCUCGCUCUUGGCAGCUUCCGCACUCUUCGUGCUCUAGACCAGACCAGCCACAGCCACAGGUGGCUCGGCAUAGACGACUCGGAUUCAACGACAACAUAGAUGCGAAGUAGAGAGACCGCAAAGCGGCAAGCAGGCAGCGAGGCAGCAGCGGGGCUGGCUGGGAUACGCCGCAACCAACCCAACCCACGACGACACCACCAACAUCACAUCCACCUGUAAAACUUGGCCGCUAGGUCACUCCGUUCACCACCCGCUGGGACCUUGACGGACAGUGUAUAUUUGUGCAGUAUCAUAUUCAUCACCAUCAGACAUUAUGUAUAA